AUGCCAAUAAAUUACCCUAAAAAUUGUCCUGAAUGCAAUGGCUAUUGUUUGUACGCAAGUUUUGCAAGAAGGGAGUUUGUGUUAACCUCUGAACAUGUGACAGAACCUCGAAUCAAUGAAUUUGAUAUUCCUAACCAACUUCAACAACAUUAUUACACUGAACCUGUUCAACAUCCUCAAAUUAUAAAUAGACUACUUAUUUUUAAUGGACCACAUCAUCACCCUCGUAUUAACAGAUCCAAUCAUACUCAGCACCCUCCUCAGCAUCCUUGUAUUAGCGGACCUGAUCAAUUUCCUCUGCAUCCUCAUAUCAGCGGACCCGAUCAAUUUCCUCUGCAACCUCGUAUCAGCGGACCCAAACAAUUUCCUCUACAUCCUCCUGAGAAUCAACAAGCUAGAACUUACUCAAUUCAACCCCCAUUGACUUCUGUGCAAGCCAAAAUUCAAAUUAAUAAUAACCUCCAAAGACAACCAUCAUUCACAUCUCAAACCUCAAAUGCCUCAAAUGUAACUGUUGAGCUCUUACGAGAGUUUAAAAAUUCCGUUAUUCGUCUUGGUAGUUGUGACACAAAACCAGGAAUACCAGAAGAAGCAGCAACGGAGCUUACAACUGUGGCAGAAGAAGCAGCAACAGAGAUCAUAGUCACAACUUAA